AAUAUAACAUUGAAAUUGUAUUGUAAAAUAAUUAAAAAUUCGCGUUUUAUCUAAACAUUUUAAAUAUUAGUUAAAUUUUUGAAAAUGUCAUUAACAAGAUUAACAUUUUUACGAUCGUUUUGGAAGUUAGAAAACAUCAAGUUAGUACGAAGAUAUUCCUCACAUGAUUCAAUAAAUUUGAGCGAUCCGGCCAUUCAAACAUAUUUAAAACAAUUGGUAGUAGAACAUGAUAAAUUACAUACAAAACCACGGAAAACAAAUGAAGAAACUAAGCGCCUACAUGAAAUUAAACCUAUAGUAAAUGUACUUGAACAGAGAAUAUCUCUUUUUGAUAGUAUAGAUUCUCUCAAAGAGCUAAAUAAACGGGAGGGGAAGGACGAGGAAAUAAAGAAGAUGAUCAAAGAAGAGGCCCAAAUAUACCUCUCAAGGCUGAAAGAGGUUGAUAGUGACCUACAAGCUAUACUCUUAGAACCAAAUUUAACUCAAGGAGGUGUUUUAAUUGAGGUUACAGCUGGUGCGGGUGGACAGGAGUCAAUGCUAUUCGCUAAAGAACUUUUCAAUUUGUACCACGAAUAUUCUAAAUAUAAAAAUUGGGAAGUUGAUAUAGCUUCAAUUGAAAAAUCGGAUAUUGGUGGAAUCAGAAAGGGAUCAUUAUUAGUGCAGGGAUUGGGAGCACCGGAAUUGAUGAGAAUGGAGGCGGGUGUACAUCGAGUUCAAAGAAUACCUGUUACAGAGAAAGGAGGCCGUAUACACACAAGUACGGUGUCUGUAGCAGUGUUGCCGCUAGCUACAGAAAUUGAACUCGAAAUACCAGAUAAAGACCUAAGUAUAGAGACUAAAAGAGCAAGUGGUGCUGGUGGCCAGCAUGUGAACACUACAGAUAGUGCUGUCCGCAUCACCCACCUUCCGACAGGAACAGUAGUUGAGUGUCAGGAAGGAAGAUCACAGAUAAAAAACAAGCAAAUUGCUUUACAAAAACUGAGAACACUGUUACUUCAAAAACAGGAGGAAGAACAAACGUCUAAGAUAAAUAGUGAAAGAAAGUCACAGAUUGGUUCCAGCAAUAGGAAUGAAAAAAUAAGAACUUAUAACUAUCCUCAAGAUAGAGUGACAGAGCAUAGAGAGGGUGGUAGUACCACACACAGCUUAAAAACGUUCAUGGAAGGUGGGGAGCAGUUAGAAGAGCUCCAAGAGUCCCUGCUACGACACCAAAGAUAUCAAACCAUAAUGGCUGACAUUAAUGAAUUUAUUGCCAGAUAUAAAGCAGAAACUACUGGAAAAAAUUAAAUACUCAUAAAAAAGUUUUUGAAUGAAAAAUAUUUCAAAUAAUUGUUAUAACCACUUUUCCAUACAAAUUUUAAAUGUUAGCAGUA